UUCAUUUUAAUAGAAGUGAUGUUCUGCUGCGCUGUUCAAAGUGGCGGGUAGGUUGAAACAACAGAAGAAGACUUUUGCUGUGCAAAUUAAAGUGGAUAGCGUCCUAACCUAGGACGUUGCAGACUAGAACGACAGACUUAUAGAUUGUCAUCCGGUUUGACAACGCGUUAUGAAUCCCUGGGACCCCAGUCCUUACUCGGUAACACCUGCAGCUAAGAUUUUAGCCAGAUGUGUAGCCACAGGCACCAUGACACAGGAGGAGCUUGAUGCUGUCCCUCAAAAAUCAGAAGUCUUUUCUUCAUUUUUACUCGAAGCCGAACAGCUGAACAGAAUUAAAGACGAACUUGAUCAGGCUAAUUUAGAUUUAGAGCUGCUGAAGCUGGAAAAGGAUGUAGCAGAUGUCACUCACAGUCAUUAUCUCAGUCCAAGGUUUGCCGCCUCGCAGCAGUCCUCAUCCCACCUUCUGGAAGUGUUGCGAGAACAGACAGUCCUGUUAGAAAGGCUCACAAAGCCACUAUGUCAGCAGAACCUGCCCAUUCAGGCUGAUCUUCACAGAUAUGUGGUAGAGCUUAUGGGGAUGGUGGUGGAGUUCAUUCAGAACUUGGAAGUUAAAAUUGAGUUGGUUAGAGCAAUUCCAACCACUGAGGACUCUUUGAGUAUUCUGAACAAUGCCAUGACUCAGAUACUGGCUCAGGUCACUGAGGUCGAGAAUCUAUACAAGCAAGUUCUUAAGCAACGAGGCCAGCCACAGCUCAAGAUUAAAGAUGUGUCCAGUUGAUAAAUAUUUUUGAUUUAAAUAUGCAUUAAUAAUACUGUGCUUUUUUUUUUUGGUCUAAUUAAAUUUAAUGGCAUCUACAGUUUGUUCAGGAUACAAGUUGACAUCUGGGUCUAACACAUUGAAAUAAUUAAAGGAAGCAAUUGCAUCAAGAUCACUGACCAGAUUCAGUAUACAUUUUUGCUUUGCUGUACUUUUUUUACUAUUGACUUUUCAUAUUUUGUCUCUUGUAACUGCCUUGUGAUUGUUGACACCUUUUAGAUACUUUAUACAGAGAAAAGUGGUGACCGUCAAUGCUCACUGCUCCUGGUUACCUAAUUCACCAGAGCAUUUCUGGACAUUAGAACAUUUCUGGGGUUUCGGAAUGCAGCAGUAAACUAUUGCAGGGUAAACUUUUAUAGCGGUGAAUAGGAGAGCACAGCAAAUCCACACACAUACACAAUCCACUUAAUUUUCCAUGACUUUAAACAAGAGAGAAAAAAAGUGAUGCAUUAAAGCGAUAGGUCACCCCAAAAUGAGAAGUGUGUGUGUGUGAGAAACAGAUCAACAUUUGUACUUUUAACUUUAACAUUCUUUCACGUUUUGAAACGUAACAUGGAGAUAUAUGAUACAAAAUGACUUAAUAUUGAUCUUUUUCUCACCUACACUUAUAUCUCUUCAGAAGACAUGGAUUUAACCACUGGACGUAAAAUCUUAUGGAUUACUUUUAUGUAGCCUUUAUGUGAUUUUUGGAGCUUCAGAGGUCUGGUCAACAUUCAUUUGCAUUGUUAAGACCUACAGUGCUGCAAAUAUUCUUCUAAAAAUCUUUUAUUUCAGCAGAACUAUCCCUUUAAGGUGCACAAUUUGUGUGAAAAAACAACAACAUGCUUUUAUAAUAUUUCAUCUAUGUGAUAACUUCUUCUGACAUGACUUUCCUUUUGGGCUGAUGUCACCAAUCUCUCUUAUUUUUCAACCUACAAGUUAAAUUCUGGUAUGUAAUGGCCAUUGAC